AUGGACGCGCCGUCGCGCGCCAAGCCCCCGCCGCUCUCGCGCCUGCUGCUCACCACGGUCGCCAUGGCCGGCAUCCAGGUGUGCUACGCGGCGCAGAUCAACUUCGGCACCUCGCACCUCAAGUCGCUGGGCAUGCCGCUCCCCCUUGUGUCACUGGCCUGGCUGGCGGGCCCUCUCUCGGGCCUCCUGAUGCAGCCGCUGGUCGGCUUCGCCUCCGACCGGUGCACGUCGCGCCUCGGCCGCCGCCGCCCCUUCCUGCUCCUCGGCACCAUCUUCACCGUCCUCGCGCUCCUCCUCUUCGCCUUUUCGCGCCGCCUCGCCCACGCCUUCCUCGCCCCGCCCCGCGCGGCUCACGCCUCCCUCUCGCUCGCCGUCCUAGCCUUCUUCCUCCUCGACUUCUCCGUCCAGGCCAUCCAGGCCCCGCUGCGCGCGCUGGUCACGGAUGUCGCCCCGCGCGGCAUGCUGGCAAGGGGCAACGCCGCCAUCGGCUUCUUCACCGGCGCCGGAAACCUCCUCGGCGGGCUCCUCGCGGGCGCCAGCCUCUCAAAGGCCCUCCCCGUCUUCCCGGCUUGCGACCCCGCCAAGCCGUUGGAGCUUGAGUCGUGCAACGACGUCGUCGCCGUUUUCACUACGUCAGCCGUUGUCCUGGUGAUCACCGUUGCCGUUUGCGUCGUCGCCACGAAGGAGGUCCCGCUGCGCAAGGGCGCACGCGGCCCAGCGACUGCGCCCGGAAGCGAGCCUGGCUCGGUGCGCGCUGCGCGGAGGGAUGGUUUGUGGAAGGCCGUCGUUAAUGUGCCGCGUCCGUUCUGGCAGGUGUUUGCUGUUCAGCUUUGCACGUGGUGUGGGUACUUUACCCUGUUUGUGUAUGUUAACACGUGGGUUGGAACGAAUGUCUUUCGGGGGGAGGUCGAGGGCGAUCCGACCACUGUCGAGAUUGAUCUGUUUCAUCGGGGUGUCAGGUUUGGGGGGAUGGCAAAUGCGGUACAGGCUGUCGUCACGCUGAGCUACUCGGCGCUGCUGCCAAAGCUGCUGGAAGCGUUCGGCGUCGCCCCGGUCUACGUCUUCUCCCAGGCGGUUGAGGCUGCGUGCCUGUUGUCGGCGCCUUUCAUCCGCGGCUCGCCGCACCAGCGCGCCCCGUCGCGCGCACUCAAGGCCUUCGCCAUGCUAGACAUUGCCUCGUUCGGCAUCGUGUGGGCGACGACGAUGGGUGUGCCGUGGACCCUCAUUGGCACGGCUCUAGAGUCGGACCCCGCAUACGGAAAGCAGCUCGGGCUGUACACCACCCUGUUCAACGCGUCGCAGAGCUUUCCGCAGCUCGUCGUCGCGCUCGUCGCUCCGCUUGUGCUGCACUACGGCGCCAACGACGUGUCCAUGGUCAUGUUUUUGGGCGGGCUAAUCGCGGUGGUCGGCGCAUUUUUGGUCGUUACGUUGCACGUCGGUGCAGGCGGGCGUAAGGGGUUGCCGAGGAUACCUAGCGCAGGGAGCCAGCAUACCGGCGUUUGA